AUGCCCAAUAGUGAUUCGUCCGGUGGUAUCUACUCCCCUCUUCCACAGACGACACUGACCGAUUCAGAGAGCGAAGAAGAGCUGCUGCGGCGCACGAUUGCGGUCCGUCGGACAACGGAACGAACGUUUGGAGGAAUCACUCGUGGUGGUGGUGGUGUGACGACGACUAUCAUGAUGAACGGCAUGAAAGGUUGCGCUGUGGCUGAGAUACGCUCCCCAUGUGGCACCGAGAACGGUGGAGCGGCUCUGUAUAACGGUGGCUAUCCUCCAAGCCCGAGCGAUGUUGAGGAUGCGAGCGGAGUAUUCCACGCGGACAACGUGGCCAUCCUGCACGAGGCCGGUCCGAUACCGGACCACAAAAUGUCCUUACCUAGAAAGUGCUGCUUUGUCGCGUCGCUGGCGGUGUGCUUUCUAGCGCUGAUCGUUUUUCUUUGGGUGAUUCCUUGUUCGGAUGAUUUGUCUUGCCCGGCCAGGGGAGAACGAGUGAAGACGCAAAACUGGAUACGGAACUACGAAAAGAUCGAAUUGAAAGGUGUGAUAAACGUGGUCGAGGGUGUUCAUGGUAAAAGCAAGAACCUCGUCUUCAUGUACCGUGGCGAUAAGCUGUUCCCAGAGUUUGACGAUUCGUACCGCCGGCGGAACGGGAUCAUCUCGCUGGUGGGCAGCUCCGGCAAGGUUGCUUGGUACGAUCAGAUGAUCAACGAACCGAAGAGCAUCGACUGCACGCUUUUAGACGCCGACCGAAGUGGCGCCCCAGACUGCCUGGUACUGGACGAGUACGGCCAGCUGGAGUGCAUCGAUCCGCUGUCCGGCGAGUGGCUGUGGCAUGCGGAGGGCUACAAUCGGCGCAGCAGUAGCGGGCGACAGAACGAUAUGCUCGACUUUCCCCUGCUCAUCCCGGACGUCGAUGGGGACGGCGUGUACGACCUCCUGUUCGUAACGAGCUCCAGCGAGACGAAGCACAACCGGUUGGUGAUGAUUUCCGGCCGGAAAGGGCUCACCAUCGGUGACUCGUACGCCGUCAAGGAGUGCCUGUACGUACACAAACUGAUGUUGGACGAAGAGUUGAACGUGAAGUUUAACUGCGUGCGCGAAAAGUCCGAGCAGCAGAAGGCCAAAUCGCUACCGGAACUUUAUAAACUGAUCCACCGAAAGGCCCUAGAUAUGCGCGUGGUGCGCCGUAUGCCCACCAUCCUGCCGCAGCACAAGUUCUUCGGUCAGCGGCGCAACACGGAAAAGCAGCGCACCCUCACCAACGUCGGUGGGAAGCAGUUGAUGGUAGAGAAUCGGGGCAAGUGUCCGGAGAACUGCUCCACCUCGGUACUCCUGACUGAAGAGGCUACCGGUGAGCUGCUGUGGAACGUGUCCGGCCGACAGCUGUACGGAAUGCAACCGGUCCGUUUGACGUUUUCCAACUUUGGCUCCGACAACCGGUCCACGAUGUACGGGUUCGUGAUAAAGUUCUGGGAAUGGAGCCAACGCGAUCCGGACAAUCGAAGUUCACGCUUCCGACGUGCUGCAAUUGGGCUUGAUGGCGUCGAGGAUGCUCACCGACGCUACCGACAACAUUUUGCCCACCAACAGCCAUGGAUUGGCCCGCCGGGGCUCGAUGCCAUCUCGAAGACGUCGUUGUCGGCGCGCGGUCAAAAUCAAUCGACACCGUCCGCCCGGCCUGCCGGAGGCUUCCGCACGCGAAUGCGUUACCUAAAGGAGACCAUCAAGCUGAUCGUGUUUAAUUCCACUUACAUCAAGAUCGAGAACACGAGCCAGAGCAAUGUGAUUCAGUUCUGUCGGGAACCGAUCGGUGGAGGUGGUGACCCGGCGGAAGAACUUUGCCAGCCGGACCUAAACUAUCAGGAAAACUCUCUGCUCAUCGCCGACCUGGACGAUGAUGGUUCGCAGGAGUUGGUGUCAUACUACUCGACGUUCGUGAAGUCGGCCACUGGAGACGCGGACGGCAUGGGUGCCGGGGUGGGCGUCGGACCGGGUGCCACGAUGAAGCUGAAGACGUACGUCCAGCUGCUUCGACUAGAGUCGGAACUGCCGAAGCUCUACGCACCGUCGGGCACCGAAGGUCCAGUCUCCGAUGCCGCUAAACACCGUUAAAGGAAUGUUCUCCGACAAACAGAAGGGUUCCGGGUCAUUAGCCCUUCGGUAACAAUAUUCCACUCAUCCAAAUCGAGUGCAAACCGCAAUGUGUGAUCUCAUACCAACCGUUCCAGUUUUAUGAUUCAUUGUACUUUACCUUUGUCGAUGUUACUUCAUAGGAUAUCACUACGCUAGUCUCAUAAAUUUACAUGUAUAUGAACACUAAUGAUAGUUAUAGUGGUGGAAUGUGUUAACAUGUGCAGGAUAAUGAUAGUAAUUGGCGUUGGGAUUCGUGUGCUGGUGCUGUGACGCAAGCGACGCAACGAAGGAUAGACUUUCCCAAUCCUUGCACUCAUCGGCAUAUGAUAGCAGUCGAAAGCUAGUGACUAUUAUCACUGUCGACACCUUAAACCAUACUCCUGGCACACAUGCACACACAACCAAAGGCACCGUGGCAAGCACACGCUUCUAUUUUCAUAGCCACACAAUCAAAAG